GCAAGCUGAUGUGAACGCAAGGACCUAGUCACGCAGUCAACUAUGAAUACGGCAGCUGCGACCAAAUACGUGCAGGAAGUCGGAGAUGGUAAAGAUGGCAAAAUGCCCAGUAUGGCGACACUCCAGAACGGAGAGCAUCUGAAUGGGCCACUACUCGACCAUGCUGAGGGUCAGCACUUCCUCACUGAAGCUUUCCAAGUCAUUUUGGAGGAGGCACUGUGCAAGGGAACCGAUGUGGAUGAGAAGGUGUGCGAGUGGCAGGACCCUGAGGAACUGCGGGCCGUGCUGGACCUGGAGCUGCGGGAGGGCAGAGAGACGCACGACCAGCUGCUGCAGCGCGUCCGGGACGUGGCCAAGUACAGCGUCAAGACCAAUCAUCCUCGGUUCUUCAAUCAGCUGUUCGCGGGUGUAGACUACCAUGCCCUGACUGGGCGAUUCCUCACUGAGGCUCUCAACACCAGCCAGUACACCUACGAGGUGGCCCCCGUGUUCGUGCUGAUGGAGGAUGUGGUACUGUCCAAGCUGCGGGCGCUGGUGGGCUGGGCAGAGGGUGACGGUAUCUUCUGCCCUGGCGGCUCCAUCUCCAACAUGUACGCCAUGAACCUGGCACGCUACCGGGCCUUCCCACAGGUCAAGCUGCAGGGGCUAUGGGCUGUCCCUCGGCUGGCCGUCUUCACAUCCCAGGAGAGCCACUACUCUGUUUGUAAGGCCGCUUCGUUUCAGGGCAUUGGACUGGAGAAUGUCCACUUUGUGAAGGUGGAUGAAAGGGGUUGCAUGAUUCCAGAAGACCUAGAUGAGAAAAUUGAGCUUGCUAGAUCACAGGGUGCAGUGCCGUUUCUGGUCAGUGCCACGUCAGGCACCACCAUACAGGGUGCCUUUGACCCGCUGGACAGCAUAGCUGAUAUCUGUGAGAAGCAUGGGCUGUGGAUGCAUGUAGAUGCAGCAUGGGGAGGGAGUGUGCUGUUUUCCAAGAAGCACAGACACCUGGUUAAGGGAAUUGAGAGGGCAGAUUCGGUGACGUGGAACCCUCACAAGAUGCUACUGACGGGCCUACAGUGCUCUGUCUUUCUGCUCAAAGACACCACGAACCUGCUGAAGCGCUGUCAUUGCGCCAACGCGACCUACCUGUUUCAGCAGGACAAGUUCUAUGACAUGAGUCUAGACACGGGCGACAAAUCAGUGCAGUGCGGCCGGAAGGUGGACUGCCUCAAACUGUGGUUAAUGUGGAAGGCUCUGGGCACGCAAGGCCUGGCAGAACGCGUGGAAAAGGCCUUUGCUUACACUAGGUACCUUGUAGAGGAGAUGAGAAAGAGGGAGGGGUUUCAACUUGUCAAUGAGCCUCAGUUUGUGAAUGUGUGCUUCUGGUUCAUACCUCCCAGUCUGAGAGGUAUGGAGGACAGUGAGGACUACAGACGUAGAUUGUCUAAGGUGGCGCCAGUCAUAAAGGAGCGCAUGAUGAAGCAGGGGAGCAUGAUGGUUGGCUAUCAGCCACAGAAAGAGAGGGUCAACUUCUUCCGAAUGGUGAUCCUCUCGCCUCAGAUUUCUCGGCAGGACUUGGACUUCUUCUUGGAUGAGAUUGAGAGGCUGGGAAAUGACCUGUAACUUUGCAGGACCAAACGUCCCUCCAUGACUCUCGUGAUCCAUCUUACUAUGACAGAGUUUCUGAUCUUUGCAUUUUACUGCUUUGCUAAGUCAAUCUUAUCCAUCCACAUUACCAAAUUUAAAUUCUAUGUAAAAAACUAAGUAAGCUUGGUGUUGGCAGCAGCUGUCCUAUUAUUCACAAGUAUUCAAAAAUCCAUUUAACUGGAUAGUAUCUGCACUAUAAAUAUCUG